CGACCGAUAGGUUGAGAUUUCUUAAUACGGCAGGAAGUUUGGACCUCCUCGGCUGCCGUUAUUUUAUAACCUUUCCCCUUUGUUAUAGGUUUUUAAAACACAUAAUGCUAAUUGAACUUUUAUGUUAAAUGUAUGCUGCCUCUCACCUGAUGCCUUUGCUCCAGCACUAACUGGCUUCCCAGAAGGUCCUCGCCAUGUUCACCGCCACUUCCGGCUCCAGCGGCCUUUAUAAGGCUCCUUUGACUAAAAGCUUGCUGCUUGUGCCUACAAUUCUUGCCUUUCUAUUAGUUGUGUUACUUCCUCAGUAUCAGAACUUUUUUGUAUAUGAUCUUCAGCUGGUCAUCCAUGAUCUACGGAUAUGGAGGCUAAUAUCCAGUCGGCUAAUUUAUUUGGAUGUAAAAGAUGCAUUCUGUGGUAGUCUACUAAUCUACAACUUCCGAGUAUUUGAAAGAAGAUAUGGCAGCAAAAAAUAUGCGUCAUUUUUAUUUGGCAUGUGGAUUCUAUCUGCUGUGUUCGAGUUACUGCUAACUGAAGCAAUGUUCUAUGUGUUUCACAUCAAUAUGGAUUUCUUACCUGCUGGUUUCUUGGCUCCCAUUUUUGCAUUCUUUGUGCCGUUCUACCACUCCAUUCCAAGGAUACAAGUCACUCAAGUUCUGGGACAAUUUGCAGUAACCAACAAGUCCUUGGUCUAUUUAAUUGGCCUUCAGCUUCUGUUAUCAAGUCCAUUCAUGUGGAUAAUUGCACUUAGUGGACUGAUCUCUGGAAUGUUUUACUUCUAUAAUAUGUUUCAAAUCCAGAAUAUAAUUUUUAUACCAAGCUGGCUGGCCCGAACCUCUUCAUUCAUUCUUGAACCACUUUUCUCAUCUGCUGAACCAACCCAUGAAUCUUCUGUGGGCAUGGGUGCCACAUUGGACAUUCAAAGACAGCAAAGGAUGGAUUUGCUUGACCAGCAAAUGUUAAUUUCACAGUUUUCUCAAGCAAGGAGAAGAGAAAGGCAGCAGGGUGGGUUUGCACAAUGGAACAGAUUUCUGUUCCCUCUUCAAAGGAGAAGGAAUCUUGCCACAUUGUCUCCCCCACUAUCAGCACAAAACAACCCUUCAGGGGUGUCAGAGGACCAGGUGGCUCGACUUAUGGAGAUGGGCUUUUCAAGACAAGAUGCCCUGGAAGCCUUGCAGGCGUCAAACAAUGACAUUAACAUGGCCACUAACUUUCUUUUGCAACACUGACUCCUGUUCAGGGCCCAGUGUGGAGGACUACAGGGAAUCGAGUCACAGUGUGAGGGUUUGCCAUUACAUAUGGACACUGAAGGAGCUUGUCUUUGGGCUUGUGCAGUCAGAAUUGAAGGGCUUUUUUCUUCUUGAUUUGCUUCAAAGCAGUGUAAAGGGCAUCAUUCUUGAGGAAUUUGCAAAUACUUUGUUCAGUCAGCGUCUGAAAAAGUUAUGCAUCGGUUUUUCCCUUUCUAUUUCUAAAAGAAUUGUUACAAAGUUUGACACCUUGGAAAUGGGGUUUAUUUGAAACAUCAGGCGAAACGAAGCCUUAGUGCUGCUUAAAAAUGUGUUAGUUUGUCACUAACCUAAAAAAAUGGUGUGAAUUUACUUACAAAAUUCUUAAUUUCUCCUUUUCUAUGUGUUUCCUAUCAUGUUAUUAUAGAGAAUGUUUAGAGCUUUAUUUAUUCACUUUGAAAAUGUUGUGAAACUGAAGUUUUAUCUUAUUACUUGUAUACAGUAAUUGCUAUAAUGUAAGAAGUCCAAAAUUAUGAGAGGUAAAACGUAUUUAUAUUUUUUAAGUGUGCAUUUAGAGCUCCAUUUGUUUUCAAGCCUUAUCAGGUUUUUAGCAGCACAAAGAAAAGGUAUACUUUAUUAAACAACAAGGUUGAAACAUGUGGAAGGAUUAGAGUUGACAGCAUAAAAAGUAUUUUUUUUAAUCAAGAAAAAAAAUCUUAAAAUGUCAUUGACACAUUUUGUUUGCCUUUAUAGCAGCUGAAGAUAGUCCUCUGCAUAUCUAUUAAGUACCCUAUACUGUUCAGGGGCUUCUUGCACUUAUGUCUCUGUUUCCUUCACUACUGAAUAACUGAACAUUUAAUCAUGCUGAGUAAGAUUAAUUGAAAGACAAUGACAAUGUCUCUAUUGCAGAUACAGUAAAACUGAUUGUCACCCUGAGGGCACUGAAUUCUGCCUGCAGGACGGUAUGUUUGAGAUGGCUAAGGUGUCAAUGCCACCUGAAGUAUAGAUUAUUAAAGCAAUUAAAAUCAUGUAUUAAUUAUAAUAAUGAAAGAUGAAGUUCAUUGUAUUUUAUCAUUCAAUUUUUUAUAUGAUCUGUCUUCAUAUUGAUUAAUAUUUCUGUUUUAAAUGAUAAAGAAUUUAAAUCUGGAGAAAGUGUUUCAUUUUACUCUAUUUACUCUUUGUUUAUAUGAAGUUUAUACAUUCAACCUAAUCACAAGCCGGAAAAGAGAUUGUGGUGUUGCUUGUGCAACUUCAUCAAUUUGUUUUGCAGAUAAGGUGAAUGUGUAACAAAGGCAUUGCGAGUGCGUCAUAUAGGGUUAACCCCCUCAGGAACAAAUUUAAAACAUCUCCUUAUUCUAGACCCAGGUCAAGAAACUACAUGUUUCUGAGAAAAGCAAGAGAGGGGCAAAAGCAGACAAAUGGGUCUCAAAAUAAUUAUAACAUACAAAUAAAAUGUCCAUUGCCCUGCUGUAUAAACAGAACACACACAUAAAGCUGUGUAAUGUGAUGACACAUAAUGCGUAUGACCCUUUACUCAGAGUAGUACCAUUUUCUUUAAGUGCAUGAGUGAUGUCUUUCUUUAGAGCAGUUGUGAAAAUUUCUACUUUGUUAAAUGCUUGAAUAAAACCUACCUCUUACAGUUAA